AUGACUCCUCAUCAGUCUCCCUCUCUCCCUCUCUCCUCGCUCCUCUCAUUCUGUCCCUCCCCCUCCCCCCCGGUCCCGGGAGCCGCAGAGCAGCUCUCGCUCCUGCCGCAGUCAGACUGGAGCAGAGCACCGGGACAGCCGCACACCGGGACAGCCGCACACCGGGACCGGGACAGCACCGGGACAGAGCAGAGCCGUGCAUGGCGCGGACCCCUGCCUCGGCACCAGCAGCAGCAGCAGGACCCGGGCGCUGAGUCCGAAGCAUGCCCCAGGGCAGCCAUGACCUGCUCGGCCUCAGAUAGCGAGAAGAUCGUCAUCAACUGCGGCGGCACCCGGCACGAGACUUACCGGAGCACCCUGAAGACGCUCCCGGGCACGCGCCUGUCCUGGCUCACGGAGCCUGACGCCUUCAGCAACUUCGACUACGACCCGAAGAGCGACGAGUUCUUCUUCGACCGCCACCCCGCGACCUUCGCUUUCAUCCUCAACUACUACCGCACCGGGAAACUGCACUGUCCCAGUGACGUGUGCGGCCCGCUGUUUGAGGAUGAGCUCGCCUUCUGGGGCAUCGACGAGACGGACGUGGAGGCGUGCUGCUGGAUGAACUACCGCCAGCAUCGGGACGCGGAAGAGGCGCUGGACAGCUUCGAGACCCCGGAGCCCGAAGAGGCCGAGAAUGACCCCGCGCUCACCGGGGGCGCGGACGGGGACCUGAAGCGGCUGUGCGUGCAGGAUGACCGGCGCAAACCCACGUGUUGGGAGGUGUGGCAGCCGCGCAUGUGGGCACUCUUCGAGGACCCCUAUUCCUCCAAGUACGCCCGGGUGAGUGCGCGCUGA